AUGCCCGCUGCUGUCAACGGCGCCUCCAACGGCGAGACGCUCUCCGCAAAUGACAACAUCCGCCGCUUCCAGGCCCCCAGCAGGCCGCUGAGCCCGCCCGCCCAGCACACUCUCUUCCACAACAAGACGCGAUGCUUCGUCUACGGCAUGCAGCCCAAGGCUGUCCAGGGCAUGCUUGACUUCGACUACAUCUGCAAGCGCAAGCAGCCCUCGGUGGCCGGCAUCAUCUACACCUUCGGCGGCCAGUUCGUCAGCAAGAUGUACUGGGGCACCAGCGAGACCCUGCUGCCCGUCUACCAGUCCGUCGAGAAGGCCAUGGCCAAGCACAGCGACGUCGACACCGUUGUCAACUUUGCCUCGUCGCGCAGUGUCUACUCGUCCACCAUGGAGCUUAUGGAGUACCCCCAGAUCAAGUCCAUUGCCAUCAUUGCUGAGGGUGUCCCCGAGCGUCGCGCCCGCGAGAUCCUGCACGUUGCCAAGAAGAAGGGUGUCACCAUCAUUGGCCCUGCUACCGUCGGUGGCAUCAAGCCCGGUGCCUUCAAGAUUGGCAACACUGGCGGUAUGAUGGACAACAUUGUUGCUUCCAAGCUCUACCGCCCCGGCUCCGUCGCCUACGUCUCCAAGUCUGGCGGUAUGUCCAACGAGCUCAACAACAUCAUCUCGCAGAACACCAACGGUGUGUACGAGGGUGUUGCCAUUGGUGGUGACAGGUAUCCCGGUACCACUUUCAUCGACCACCUGUUGAGGUACCAGGCCGACCCGGAGUGCAAGAUCCUGGUCCUGCUCGGUGAGGUGGGUGGUGUUGAGGAGUACCGCGUCAUCGAGGCUGUCAAGAGCGGCGUCCUUACCAAGCCCAUUGUUGCCUGGGCCAUUGGUACCGUUGCUGGCAUGCUCACCACCGAGGUUCAGUUCGGCCACGCUGGUUCCUUCGCCAACUCGCAGCUCGAGACUGCCGCUGCCAAGAACCAGGCCAUGAAGGAGGCCGGCAUCCACGUGCCCGAGACCUUCGAGGACCUGCCCAAGGUUCUGGCUGAGGUCUACCAGAAGCAGGUUGCCGACGGCAUCAUUGUGCCCAAGCCCGAGCCUGCCGUCCCCAAGAUCCCCAUCGACUACUCGUGGGCCCAGGAGCUUGGCCUCAUUCGUAAGCCGGCUGCCUUCAUCUCCACCAUCUCCGACGACCGUGGCCAGGAGCUGCUGUACGCCGGCAUGCCCAUUUCCGACGUCUUCAAGGAGGACAUCGGUAUUGGCGGUGUCAUGUCGCUGCUUUGGUUCCGCCGCCGCCUGCCCCAGUACGCCAGCAAGUUCCUUGAGAUGGUUCUCAUGCUCACUGCCGACCACGGUCCCGCCGUGUCUGGUGCCAUGAACACCAUCAUCACCACCAGAGCCGGCAAGGACCUGAUCAGCGCGCUGGUCAGCGGUCUGUUGACGAUCGGCUCUCGUUUCGGUGGUGCUCUUGACGGCGCAGCCGAGGAGUUCACCAAGGCGUACGACAAGGGCCUUAGCCCGCGUGACUUCGUCGACACGAUGAGGAAGGAGAACAAGCUCAUUCCCGGUAUUGGCCACAGGAUCAAGUCGCGCAACAACCCCGAUCUCCGUGUCGAGCUUGUCAAGGAGUACGUGCUGAAGAACUUCCCGAGCCACAAGCUGCUCGACUACGCGCUUGCGGUCGAGACGGUGACGACGUCGAAGAAGGACAACCUCAUCCUCAACGUCGACGGCUGCAUUGCUGUUUGCUUCGUCGACCUUGUCCGCAACGGUGGAUCUUUCACGCAGGAGGAGGCCGAGGACUACCUGAAGAUGGGUGUCCUCAACGGUCUGUUCGUGCUCGGCCGCAGCAUCGGUCUUAUUGCCCACUUCCUGGACCAGAAGCGCCUCAGGACGGGCCUGUACAGGCACCCGUGGGACGACAUCACCUACCUCCUCCCCUCGGUCGCCAAGGGCGCUCCCGGCAACGAGGGCCGUGUCGAGGUCUCCGUGUAA